AUGAUCUACGACGACGUAAAUACGAAGUUUGACGUCCAAAAGGGAUGGAUUCUCCCUUCGACAACUCUUCCUCGCCCCUAUGAAAUCCGUGAAGUAGAAGCAAAGGGACGCGGGAUGUUUGCAACGCGGAAGAUUGCGAAGGGAGAAGUCAUUGUGCAAGAAAUGCCACUCGUCAUGGUUCCUUGUUCAAACAUGUAUGGCGUUGAGCCUGACUUAGUGCAGCUUCUCAGUUGGCUCGAGCCUGAAGACCGCGAGGCAUACUUUUCGUUGCAUAAUUUUUCGAUGGACUUUGGAGAGUCCGAUCUCUCUUCGCGGUAUGCUGCCGUCUGCCAUCAAAUUUCGUUCGCCAAUCAUAGCUGUUACCCGAAUGCUGGCAGCCUGGAUAUGUAG